CUUUCUUCCUUCUUCCUUUUUCUCUUCACUUUCUCUCUCCUCUGUGUAUUCUCUCUCUUCCAUUCAUUCAACAGCAUCCCUUUAUAUAGACUCUCUAUUCAAAACCAUAUCUAUCAUCAACCAGAAAAAGAUUAUCUUUUUAAGGAUAUUCACACUCUGUUCUUUUUUCCAUCUCUCAUUUUUUACACCGAAUCCCUAUUUUUUAGCGAUUUUGUUUCCACAACCCAGAAAUCUAGACACCACAAACAGCAAAAAUAAUUCAUACCCAGAUUUUUUCUCUCUUAAAUAUUUUGUGGGGUUUAUCUGUUUUUUGAUUUUUUUUUCGCUUUAACCUUUCAAAUUUUCAUUUUUCACCUUUUUAGUUGAAGAGGCAAAAGAAGUUGAAGAGACACAAAAAAAGCUUGUGUGGAGGAUCUGUGUUUUUUUUCUGUUGUUGUAUCUAGUGGAUUGUAUUAAGGGGUUUUGAGAUUUUUUUUUUUUGUUCAAGUUGUAUGCUGAGAACUUCUGGAUUAAGUGCUUCUUCCAUGGCUGAAUCAAAAAAAUCUGCGGAUGAAAUGAAUAAGAAGAAGCUCCAUGGUGACUCUUCAACUUCUGAGCAUAAUAAUUCCAACAUGGUUUCUUCAAAGGGUGGUGGAAGUUCACCAUCUGAUGCAAGAUCAUGUGUAUCAUCAAUAGGAGAUGCUUCUGGUAGUGUUAAAGAAGGGGAGUUGGAUCAUGAAUAUCAAUCUAUGGAUCCGAAUGUUCCGUAUUAUGGAUACUAUUAUCCAGGUUAUGGUGGUUUCUACGGAGAGCCAGAAAAUCAAGGAUAUUACGUUGGUGCCGAAGCCGUCGAUUUUCAGUAUCCGGUCAUGCAAGCGGAUAAUGGAUCUUAUGUCUAUCUCAUGCCAGGAUUUCAGACUGGCUACCCUUCAUACUUUCCUGUGAAUACCGCCGGUGUCGAUGGUCAAUAUCAUGUCUACCCUCCCGGUUCCGUCUAUCAACAACCAUGUGGAUCCCCUGGAUAUUAUCCAGCUUCUCUACCUUACGCCGAGUUUUUUCCAUCAACAUACUCUUGGGAUUCAUCGUUAACGUCACAAGAUGUAUCACAAAGGAAUCAUUACAAUAAUUCGGCCAGUAAACCGAGUGGUAGGUCUAAUUUUUCUUCCGGUAGUGGUGUGGUGUCAAAGUCUAUGCCUUCAUCUAACGUGAGCAACUCGUCCGAAGUGAAGGGUUCGCCGCCAUUAUUAGAGGUCUCUUCAACUCAUGUUAAGCGUAACCAGCCAAAACAAGCAAACAAGGUAUCCGUUUCUGGUCCAGUUCUUCAUUCAGAUGCAACGACGAAAGGAUCUUUUCCUGUUACGAAGCUUUCUACGUAUAAUCAAGGAAAGAGUGGAUUCACCUAUCAAAACACCUUGCUUAAUGUGAAAGCAAAUACGAAGGGAUGGGUUAGUACUGAAAAACUGAAACUGAGAAACAAGGUUAACGAUUCACUUAGUGAACAGAAUCAGGGUCCUAGAACUUCUGUUCCAAAAGGUGCUUCAAAUUUGGGAGAUAAUUCUGCACGAACGGUAACGGUAACAGUCGAUGAGAGUAAAGACGGGGACGGCAAAAUCAGGACAGAUCAGUAUAACCUUCCUGAUUUUCCAACCAAAUACGAUCGUGCACUUUUCUUUGUCAUCAAAUCGUACAGCGAGGAUGAUGUUCAUAAGAGCAUCAAGUACGACGUAUGGGCGAGUACUCCUAAUGGGAAUAAGAGGCUCGACAAUGCAUUUCAGGAUGCACAGAAUAGAAUGGAAGAGAAAGGAAGCAAGUGUCCUGUAUUCCUUUUCUUCUCGGUCAACGCUAGUGGUCAAUUUUGUGGAGUAGCCGAGAUGAUCGGGCGCGUCGAUUUCAACAAAAGUAUGGAUUUCUGGCAGCAAGACAAAUGGAAUGGAUAUUUCCCUGUCAAAUGGCACAUUAUAAAGGACAUUCCAAAUCCUCAACUACGACAUAUUAUCCUCGAGAAUAAUGAUCACAAGCCUGUAACAAACAGUAGAGACACACAAGAGGUGCCUUUCCCGCAAGGUAUUGAAAUACUCAGCAUUUUCAAAAACUAUGCAUCAAGAACAUCGAUAUUAGACGAUUUUGAUUUUUACGAAAGCCGUCAGAAGGUGAUGCAGGAGAAGAAAACAAGGCAACCUAUGCAACAUACUGGCAAUACACAGCAUAUAGAUGACUUAACAAGUGCGCUCGGGUCGGUAGACAUAUCAAGUGUAAAGAAGAUGGAAGAUUCUAAGUUGGUUGAGAAAGUUAAUGACUGAAGAGAAUGGAAUCUGAUGCUGUUUCUGUGGACCUCGCCAUGCUGGUGCUAUUCCUGAGCUAUGAAGCAAGAGAUAUCAUGAGUUUGAAGAUGAAGUUCCUAAACAAAAGUUCUUGCUGAUGCUUUUACAAAGGAGAAAAUGAUGGUUGGAUUGAAAAGACUGGAAAAAAAAAAUUAGAAAGAUGAAGUUUUCAAGUUGGAAGGAGUAGGUGAUUUCUGUUACAAGGAAAGGUUUAGUUUUGUUUGUUUUUUGUGCACAUAAAAGGUUCAGAUGGUUCCUUGUUAUUGCCUUAUUGGUAUUAUUUUUCCUUGUAAUUGUAGAAUGAACAUUACUAUAACAGGUGGUUUGAUUAGGACAGGUACCUGUAAUGUGUUGAAAAUGAUAGGUUAUCUAAUGGAUGAUAGAGAAAUUAUUGGAA